CUCGCCGGUCCCAGAGCCGCAGCUGCUGCGCCCGCGCGCUCCCGGGGACAUUCUAACCGCCGCCGGGUCCCGCCGCCUCUCGACCCGCUAUUAAUACCGGCGGCCCGAGAGGGGGGCGCAGCACGCGCCGCGCAGCCAUGGGGAGGCUGCUGGCCUUAGUGGUCGGCGCGGCACUGGUGUCCUCAGCCUGCGGGGGCUGCGUGGAGGUGGACUCGGAGACCGAGGCCGUGUAUGGGAUGACCUUCAAAAUUCUUUGCAUCUCCUGCAAGCGCCGCAGCGAGACCAACGCUGAGACCUUCACCGAGUGGACCUUCCGCCAGAAGGGCACUGAGGAGUUUGUCAAGAUCCUGCGCUAUGAGAAUGAGGUGUUGCAGCUUGAGGAGGACGAGCGCUUCGAGGGCCGCGUGGUGUGGAAUGGCAGCCGGGGCACCAAAGACCUGCAGGAUCUGUCUAUCUUCAUCACCAACGUCACCUACAACCACUCAGGCGACUACGAGUGCCACGUCUACCGCCUGCUCUUCUUCGAAAACUACGAGCACAACACCAGCGUCGUCAAGAAGAUCCACAUUGAGGUAGUGGACAAAGAGACUGGAUCUUGCUAUGUUGCCCAGGAUGGCCUCAAACUCCUGGCCUCAAACAAUCUUCCCUCCUUAGCUGCCGUAAGUGCUGAGAUUACAGGAGUGAGUCUCCACGCCUGGCCUACAGUAUUUUUAUUAUAAUCCAUCAUACUAGAGUAUUUUUAACAUUCCCCACCAUGGCGGGUAUUUUUAUUACCCACGAUGCUAUGCUAUAGUAUUUUAAAAAUCAAUCCUAUUGUAGCAUUUAAAAACAUUCCAUUCUAUCCUAUACUAUAUUCAUCAUUACCCCGAUACUACAGUAUUUUUAACACGACUCACUGUGCUACUGUAUUUUUUCAUUACCCACAAUACCACAAUAUUACUGUAUUUGUUAGCACUGCCUGCCAUUCCUUAUUGUUAUUACUUUUGCAAUGGAGUCUCGCCCUGUCACCCAGAGAGGCUGGAGUGCAGUGGCACAAUGUCGGCUCACUGCACCUCCCGGGCUCAAGCAAUUCUUCUGCCUCAGCCUCCCAAGUAGGUGGGAUUACAGGUGCAUGCCACCAUGCCCAGCUAAUUUUUGUACUUGUAGUAGAGACGGGGUUUUACCAUGUUGGCCAGGCUGGUCUUGAACUCCUGACCUCAGGUGAUCCUCCCACCUCAGCCUCCCAAAGUGCUGUGAUUACAGGCGUGAGUUACCAUGCCUGGCGUAUUAUUAUUAUUAUUAUUAUUAUUAUUUUGAGUUAGAGUCUCCUCUGUCGCCCAGGCUGGAGUGCAGUGGCACGAUCUUGGCUCACUGCAGCCUCCACCUCCCGGGUUCAAGCGAUUCUCCUGCCUCAGCCUCCGAAGUAGCUGGGAUUACAGGCGAGUGCCACCAUGCCCAGCUAAUUCUUUUGUAUUUUUAGUAGAGACAGGGUUUCGCUCUGUAGACCAGGCUGGUCUCGUACUCCUGGCCUCCAGUGAUUCACCCACCUUGGCCUCCCAGAGUGCUGGAAUGACAUGUAUGAGCCACCACACUGACCUUUUUAUUAUUUUUAUCCACCAUCUCGCUGCAGUUUCAGUAUUGCCCUUCGACCUAUAUUGCCUCCUGGUAAAGACCCCUGAGGAAUGAGCCAUGCCAUUUCCAUAGGUGGAGGCGACGGGUCAUGGUGGUGAGAACUUCACUGACCUGGAAGAGGUGAAGAAGAUGCUGGGAAGCUGCUAGGGGCUGCCCACUUGUGGUAGGAGCAGGCAGAUAGGGACGCAUGGGGACAGUAAUACUAUUUUGGAUCCACACAACAUGAGUGGAAAAUGUCUUGAGGCACAGCAGCGUCUGAGGCGGGUGAGAAAUCCGGCCUGCAGAGUUGCGGCUGGCCUUCAGAUCUGCGGGCUGCCUGUGAGAUGCCGUGUUACCUAAAUCCAUUUGGGCACUGAGUUCCAGGAGUGGGGGCAAGAAUUCCGAUGACGGGGCUUUAUCCGGUGUGCAUCCAGCUCAGAGUGGUUCCUGAGACCAGCCACUAUGGGCAGCCAGGAUGUGCUCGUCCUUGAGGCUUUCCGAGGCAUCAAGGAGAUGGUUGGAUAAAGAAUUUAGCACAGAGCUUGACUGACAGACAGCAGGCGCCCACUACAUGAGACACAUUAAUAAUGUCUGUGGAGGCCAGGUGCAGUGGUUCAUGCCUGUCACCCCAGCACUUUGGGAGGCAGAGGUGGGAAGAUUUCUUGAGGCCAGGAGUUCAAGACCAGCCUGGGCAACACAGUGAGACCUCAUCUCUACCAAAAAAAAAAAAGGAAAAAAAUUCACCUGGCCUGCUGAUGCACACUUGUAGUCUCUGCUACUCAGGAGGCUGAGGCAGGAGGAUUGCUUGAGCUCAGGAGUUCCAGGCUGCAGUGAGCUAUGAUUGCAUCACUGCACUCCAGUCUGGGCAAUAGAGCAAGACCCUGUCUCUUAAAAAAAUAAAGUCUGUUGAAAAGAAUGAAUGAAGGAAGGAAGGAAUGAGAAGGAAACCCUAUCUCAGCUCCUCCCAAAGGGAAGCUGGGGCAGGGCAGGCAGGGGGAGCAUCCAGCCCCGCUCCCUCCCUCACUCUGGCCCAGAAAGCACUGGUGCCAUCUGCACAGGGUGGAGCCAAAGAAAGUGCCCCACUCACAGCAGAGGGAGGCCAUUUGAGGACAGCAGGGAAAAUGGGAUCUCAGCCAUCUAGGAGGGGGCCAGAGAUGUGGGAUGGACACCUAGGAAAUCUAGCCGGGGACACCAGAGUGGCUUUUGACUCUGGUCCCCUGGCUGAACGCGUUCCCUUUACAGUUUAAAUUUAGGCUCAAGGAGAAGAAGCUGGCAAUUGGCAGGGCCAGUGCUGUAGAGAGGAUGUAGGGUUUCCGGAAAAUAGCCAACACUUCAGCAGUGCUGGCUGCGUGCUCCUCCAAGCAUGUUACGGAUGUUAACUCAUUUCCUCUCCAGCAACCCUGUGAGAGGGUCUGAGUGUUCCCAUCUCCAUUUUACAGAGGCUCAGAGAGGUGCAGUCCUUUGCCUGAGGUCACACAGCUAGUAAGAGGCAGAGCCGGGAUUCGAACCCUGGCGGUCUGGCCCUAGAGCCCUGGCUGUUAACCAUUAGGCUUUACUGCUCCAGUUAGAACAAUAAUAAUAAUACUAAUAAAACUGAACCUUCAUUGAGUGCUGUUAUAGAUCAAGCACUAUUCUAAGGAUUUUAAAGCAUAUUUAAUUCUCACAGCACUCUGAUGAAGGAGGUAUUCAUUUUACAGUUGAAGAAACAGAGGCCUAGAGACAUUGAGUCACUUGCGCAAGGUCACACAGCUGGCCAGUGGCAGAGCCAGCUCUGAACCUGAGCCUUCUGGUUGCAGAGCUAAGGCUUUUAGGCACUGUGCUGAGGGCCUCCAGAAUGACACAGAUGUGCCCUCGAGUUACACAGGGAGGUAGGUUGAGGGUGACCCCCACCAGGCCUACCCAAGGCUGGGUAUUAAUAAUCACAGUGCAUACACCAGGCCCAGGGAGGUUGAGCCACUUGUCCAAGCUCACAGCACACUCAGGCUGUCAUGCAGCCUGGGCUACCCCCUUAACCCUGCCUGGCCC